AAAAAAAAAAAUGUGUCGAGUGGUGUUAUUUCGGAGACGUCACCGAUUUUAUGAGGAAUUUCUCGUAAAAACGUAAUGAAGAAGCGAUAAGAGAAUAACAACAACAAACGAAGUCAUUUCCAAUUAUCAUUUUUUUUUUUUUUUUUUUUUUUUUUUAUCACUAAUGUAUAGUUGCCCCUAAACAUAGGUCUUAAAACCAAAGAAAUGUUUAUUAUUGACAUGCUGGUUCGCAUAUGAAGUAAUGAGCAUUCUUUUUUUUUUUAUAAAAAUUUAUAAAUUUUAUUCAAGUGCGAUAUGUGCUUUCUGAAGGAUUUUAAAAUAAGUAAUAAUCGAUUUUACAGGACACUUGUAUCUUUAAAUUUGGGUGCAAUUUGCAUGGGAUUGACAAUUGGUUGGCCAAAUCCAUCAAUUGAUACUGAUAUAUUUGAAAAAAAUAAAAAUUAUGGAUUUAUCACUAGUGGAAAUUUACAAACAAUAAUAAAUGGUGGUGCAAGUAUUGGUGCAUUUUUACCAAUUUUAAUAGCUGAUAAUUAUGGAAGACGUUUAUCAUUUUUUUGUUCUGCAUUUGCUUGUUCAAUAUUUUGGAUAAGUCUUGCAUUAGCAGUGAAUAAAAUGUUUCUUUUUUUUGCAGCCACAUUUGCAGGCUUUGGUACUGGUAUUUAUGUGACAACUUCAGUUCUCUAUGUAGGUGAAAUAUCAUCACGUGAAAAUAGAGGAAUUGUCGGUGCUUUUAAUUCAUUUUUUGUUCAUUUUGGAAUACUUAUUGUUGGACUUUUGGCACUUUAUAUAAAACUCACGACACUUGCACUUGUCAUUGUUAUAAUUCCAUUGACAUUUAUGUUUUCAAUUUUCUUCUUAAUGGAGGAAUCGCCGUAUUUUCUUUUUAAAAUAGGAAAGGUAUUGGAUGCUAAAAUUACGUUAAAAAAUUUACGUGGUAGAAGAACAGUAUUGGAAAUUGAAAAUGAUUAUAAAUCAAUGGAAUGUUUUUUUAAUUCUGAAUAUGUUAAGGAAAAAAAAACAACAAGUUUAUUUAAAAAUAUUUUUUUUCCCAAAAAUGCAAAAAAAUCGUUGAUUAUAAUUUUACCAUUAAUGUGCCUAAGUCAAAUGAUGGGAAGUUAUGCAAUGAAUGAAUAUUUGGAAAAAAUUCUCAAACAUUAUGUCGUACAUUACGAAUAUGCAAUCUUAUCAUUGAUAAAUGUUUUAUCUGAUUGUUUUUGUUUAUUGGCAAUUGAGAAAAUUGGUCGUAAGAUUCUACUGAUUAUUUCUAUCGUUGGAUCAGCAAUUUGUUGUUUUUUAUUGGCAUUAAACAAAUUGAUACAGAAACAAGAUUGUCAAAGUUUAAUGAAAGGUGAAAUGUUGAUACCAAUUUUACUUUUAUUAGCAUAUUAUGUUGUUUAUUUUUUUGGACUCAUUCCACUUGUACCAAUUUUAGCUGGUGAAAUAUUUCCCAAUCGUGUUAAAACAAUGGCAUGUGGAAUUUGUAUUUCAUUUAUUUAUAUAACGGCAUUAAGUGUGCAAAAUAUUUUUGAAUUAUUAAAAUAUAAAACAAAUUCUUGUUUAGCAUUUAGUAUAUUUGCAAUAUUAGGCUCUCUUGGCCUACCGUUAAUUGUUUCAUUUUUACCAGAAACAAAGGGCAAGAGUUUGUAUGAAAUUCAAAGUGAAUUGGAUACAAUAAAUAUUUCCUUUGCUUAGAAAAA